AUGACUACCGAACAAGAUAACACAACACAAACUACAGAACAAACUACAAAUCACAGUGAAAUUUUUAAUUCUCUUAGGAUACCCGAUGCCAUUAAAGAUCUUCCCAAGUUUGACGGGAACCCUCGUCUCUUAUUUGAAUUCCUAAAUAAUGUGGAAGAAAUUCUUCUUCACAUUAGAGGAACUGAUAACACGCCUUACGGCCAAAUACUUCUCAGGGCUAUCCGGAACAAGGUUGAAGGUCAAGCAAAUGAAAUACUCAAUAUGUACGGGACCCCUUUAAUUUGGGAUGAUAUAAAAACAAACCUGAUUCUCCACUAUUCCGACAAACGAACCGAAACAUCCCUUAUUAGAGACCUCCAUAAUAUAAGACAGUAUAAUAAAACGAUUCAAUCUUUCUACGGUGAAAUAAUUGAAAUCCAAUCUGCUUUAUGCAAUAAUAUCCUUAUUCAGGAAAUAAACCCGUCUGUAAUUCAAGCUAAAAAGAAUUUGUAUUCCGAAAUGUGCCUUAAUUCAUUUUUGAGUGGACUUAAUGAACCACUUGGUUCGAGAGUAAGAACCAUGCAACCUGACUCAUUAGCUACAGCCCUAUCUUGUUGCAUUAAAGAACAAAAUAUAUCUUAUCAAAGAUACUCACAACAGUAUAGAUACAGACCAUAUAACUACAAUUCAGGACAAAAUCAAACAUAUCCAUAUAAUUCAAAGCAAAAUCCAAGAUAUACAAAUAAUUUAGACCAAAACCAAACAUAUCCAUAUAAUCCAAGACAAAAUCCAAGAUAUACAAGCAGUUCAGGCCAAAAUCAAUCAAGGACAUACUAUAAUAACCAAAACCAAUGGCAAUCAAAUAAUCCAUUUUCUAAAUCACCUCAAAUGCGAAAUACACAAAAUUUUAAUGAGCUAAGUCAUUCCCGAACAUUCCAAAAGAAAGAGACUCAAUUUAAUAAGUUUCAGAAUCCCAAUUCAUUCCCAAAAAUCAAAACCAGUCCCAGCCAACAAUUUUUUCUAUACAGCCUCCAAGAGUCCACCGGAUAUAUAGACUCAAAAUCUCACCCAACCACACUUCCUUUUAUUAACAUAUCCUCUCCCUUUGGUCGACCUUUGAGAUUCCUUCUAGACACAGGUGCAUCAGCAUCCUUUAUCAAUCCAGAAUACAUACCACAUGGAGAACUUCUUCAUUGUGACCCUGUUACGAUAACAACAGUAUUUAAGAAAUACGAACUUAAAACCCAGACUAACGUCAAAAUAUUUAAAGAAUUCAAUCAAGAUGGUCUCCUUAAAUUCCUUAUAUUCAAAUUUCAUAAUUUCUUUGAUGGCCUCCUCGGUUUAGAUACACUGUUGCAACUAAACGCUAAAAUUGACCUUGAAAACAAGAUCCUUGUCACGAAAAACUCUGUCGUCGAAAUUCAUUUUAAACCAAAUGAAUCAUCAGACGUAUUAAAUGUCCCAGCUCAAUCCAAGAUUCUAGCAAAACUUCCCGUGAAUAAAUUGAAUGGUGACAUAAUUUUAAAUACCAUAGAACUUAAACCAGAUGUUUUUAUAUCACAAGGCAUCUACAGAGCAAUUAAUGGCUACAGCACCGUCGAGAUAACAAACUACUCCGAAUCCGACGAAAAUAUACUAUUAGAAGAAUCAUUACAAUCAACGGAGUACCAACCAGAGGAAUACUUAGAACUUAACAAUCUGCACAUUACACCGGAAGAAGAUAAAACUACUGAGAGGAAGAACAUAGAGCAUCUACUUCGUACCGAUCAUCUAAAUAGAGAAGAGAAAAAUCAACUUCUAAAAUUGUGUAAACGGUACAAUGAUAUCAUAUACAUAGAAGGAGAACAACUUACCUUUUCUAAUCAAAUCAAACAUACUAUUAACACAACUGAUGACGUACCCAUCUAUAUGAAAUCAUAUAGAUACCCAUAUAUACAUAAACAAGAAGUACAGGAUCAGAUUUCAAAAAUGUUGGAACAAGGAAUCAUCCGCCAAAGCUACUCCCCUUGGAGUUCACCUGUGUGGAUAGUACCCAAAAAAUCAGAUGCCAGUGGAAAACAAAAAUGGAGACUCGUGAUUGACUACAGAAAAGUCAAUGAAAAAAACAGUCUCAGACAGGUAUCCAAUUCCCAACAUCACCGAAAUACUAGAUAAAUUAGGUAGAUGUAUG